CCACCACCAUGUCCUCCUUCUCGGAGUCCGCUCUGGAGAAGAAACUCUCGGAGCUGAGUAACUCCCAGCAGAGCGUCCAGACGUUGUCGCUGUGGCUGAUCCACCAUCGCAAGCACGCGGGCCCCAUCGUCUCCGUGUGGCAUCGCGAGCUCCGCAAAGCAAAAUCAAAUAGAAAGCUUACGUUUUUAUACUUAGCAAAUGAUGUCAUCCAAAACAGUAAGAGGAAGGGGCCUGAAUUCACUAGGGAAUUUGAAUCUGUCCUCGUGGAUGCUUUUUCCCAUGUUGCCAGAGAGGCAGAUGAAGGCUGUAAAAAGCCUUUAGAAAGAUUGCUGAACAUCUGGCAAGAAAGAAGUGUUUAUGGUGGUGAGUUCAUUCAGCAGCUGAAGUUAUCUAUGGAAGACUCCAACAGCCCUCCACCUAAAGCCACAGAAGAGAAGAAAUCUCUUAAGCGAACCUUUCAGCAAAUACAAGAAGAUGAAGAUGAUGAUUACCCUGGAAGUUAUUCUCCCCAAGAUCCAACUGCAGGCCCUCUCUUGACUGAAGAACUAAUCAAAGCCCUGCAGGAUUUGGAAAAUGCUGCAUCAGGUGAUGCUACUGUGAGGCAGAAAAUUGCUUCACUACCACAAGAAGUCCAAGAUGUUUCACUUCUAGAGAAAAUUACAGACAAAGAGGCUGCUGAACGUCUUUCAAAGACGGUGGAUGAAGCGUGUUUGUUACUAGCAGAAUAUAAUGGGCGACUGGCAGCAGAACUGGAAGAUCGACGCCAGCUGGCACGCAUGUUGGUGGAGUAUACCCAGAACCAGAAAGAUGUUUUGACAGAAAAGGAGAAAAAACUAGAAGAGUAUAAGCAGAAGCUUGCUCGGGUAACCCAAGUGCGCAAGGAGCUGAAGUCACACAUACAGAGCCUUCCAGACCUGUCGCUGCUUCCUAAUGUUACAGAUCCUGAAACAGAUGAAAAGUUGGCUACCUUAAAGAAGACCAGCUGGCGAGGGGAGCUGGAGUCCUUUCAACUCUUCAAAGGGCCUUUCCAGAGCAGGGCCACUCUAGUGGCUAAGAACCCAGAGACAUCUGGAUAUUAUUCCGAUUGACCUGUAAGUCUGUGAAUCUAUUCCCAGUAGUUUGUUUCUUGUCUCUCCAUGCCGGAACAGAGAGAGCUUUAAGAACAGGGUUGGUGGAAGUUUAUUAAGCAGUUAGGGGGGAAAAAAGUGACUAUAUCCCUUGUUAUGACACAGAUUGAAAUAGUUCUUGAAUCAAAUCAAAGAACAUUGGAUUUUGAAAACUACUGACUAGCCAAGUGACCUUAAUCCAAGUCACUUUUCCUCCCUGGGCCUCAAGUUUCCUCAUCUAUUAAAUGAAGGAGCCUGAUGAUUGAUCUCUCCCUUCAAGCUCUAAAUCCUACAAAAUACUCCAGGACUCUUCCCCCUUUCUUCCUACACUAGCUUAACACUGUAGAGAGAUAUAACAUGCAUAGUGUAUAACAGAAGGCCCCAGAGGGUAGACAUGAUCUGCCAGGUGAUCUUGAACCUGCUAAUGUUCUUACUCUUCCCUUUUAAAGGGUUGGGAUUCUCAACAGAUUGGGGAACUCAGCCUUAGUCACUGACUUCUAUCCCCAAGUUCAUCAACAAAUUGCAAUGUUAGCCUAUUUCCCUCCUCCCCAAAAGUGAUGAGAAUCAUAGUCAUAUUAGAAAUCAUCCAAUCCAAAUCUCCUCUAUGAUAUCCCUGAUAAGGGGUCAUUCCUCUUCCGUUUGAACACCGUCAGUGUUGGGGUAGCUCCUACCAGGGUAGUCUGUCCUCUUAGUGGAUAAAUCUUAUUUUUAGAACACUUCUGAGGACGUCUGUUCUAGUGCCACUCCAGCAUUCACAAACAAGGAAUCUGAGGUUCAGAGGGUGACUUUCCAAGAUCACACAGCUAGGUAGUGAUGGACAAAUUAGAAAUGUGUAAGUGAUGUAUAGUUAGACACAUUAGACUUUAAAUAAGGAGACUUGGAUUCCAUUUAGUCCCAGGAUUGAGCUCAUUGUUGUACCUUUGUAUCUGACCAUCAUUCAGCCCAAAACUUUGGAGGCUUUUUGACACUAAAGCAAUUACUCUUGGGGGGGAAUCAAAAAAUGGAUUAUUCAGUGAAAAAUCAAGAGUGGUGGCUUCAUUUUAAAAGCAAACAUAAGCAUGUCCCACCUAACAUCAGGGUACAAGAGGAAACUUGCUAAUAUUGAUAAGGUAGCAGUUUCCUAAAACUAUAAAAACUUUGUUUGAAAGACAGCAGAUUGAUUUGCAGUUUUAUCUCUGCUGUGUACUGGUGGCACAGGGAAACUUGUAAUGAAGUAGCGCCAAAAUGCAUCCAGGAUCAAUUCGUCAGAAAGCUAUCAAGUGGCCCUAAGCCUUCCCAUCUUCAGAGAUGCCUGUGAAAAUCCUCCUCAAGGAAGCCCUUCUGAAUUCUGAGUCUGAUGAGGGUGCUCCUUCUCCUUCAGGUUUGUUGCUGUAAAAAGUCAGGCAGAAAUUAUGAAGAAGGAAGAUAAUCACUUCUUACUCUACGGAUCAGGUAUAUUUCACACAAGGUAAGAAAGAUAAGGAUGUCAGAGCUGGGAUGAGAAAUUUGCAAGCCCAAGGCAAGGUUCAAAAAUUAGGCCAUUUUCUUCCCCCAUUUGAAAAUUUUAUUCCCUGGGUGUGACUAUUCUUCCAAGACUUUAUAUUUUCACUGUAAUGCAAAUGAUUAACCUUAUCACAAAAUCAGUCUCUGAGAACCCUAGCAAAUGGGAUUUUCUGGCAUUAAACACUUGCCUUUGUAAAGUUCUAUUAAAAGUGCCACUCCUUGUGCCCCUCCCUAAGUUGCAUCUUAGAUGAUAUCUCCUUUGUCUGGCCCUAGUGCCAUCACUUAAGACAUAGUUAUAGGUCUUUAGCACUUUAAGGUUUACAAAGCUCUUGAUGCAUCAGAAUCCUGUGAGGUAGGUAGUCUUAAGCAUCACAAUGCCCACUUUACAGAUGAGGAAACCUGAGGCUCAGUGAGGGGAAGUGGCAUAAAGUAUAUUAUGAUAUUGUAUAAUAUUAAAUACAAUUUUAUGUAUUGUUUACUCUGCUUGGUUUCAUUGAUUUUAUUAUAUGCUUUAGAAAGCUUUAUAUACCAUGCGGGUAUAAUACUUAAAGUUGCUUAAGUAUGGUGUUUGUGGUUAUUUAUAUUAAAAAUUAAAUGUCAAGAAUAUAAAUGUCUUUUGGACUCUAGUAGCUCACGCUCAUAUAGCCUGUUGUGGUUACAAAGCACUUUACAUCCAUUUCUUCAUUAGAUCCUUAGAAAGAUCUGUGAGGGAAGUAAUACAGAGAUGAUUGCCCCUACUUUACAGGUGAGAAAACUGAGGCUCAAGUUUUUUACUCAUCCUUUAUACUCUAUAAAAAUUCCUAAGAGAAGCAAGCCCAGCCAGCAGCCACUGACUCCCAGUCCCUGAAAUUAUUUCUUAUUCUAAAGAUUGAGGCUCAAAGGUAGAAUAGCUUGUCCAAAGUUGAAUAGCAAGUAUAUGACUUAGUGGGCACCAGAUCUUCUUUCUUGCCAUCCAGGGCUUUUUCUGUUGCAUCACACUGCAUCUAAUGCUAUCAUUCCCUUGAAGGGAAAACCAGUCUACUUAAUAGAACAUUUUUUUCAGGAAUGCAGUUAAUAGCAUUUAUACUCUAAGUGGGAGAAAGAUCCCUGUACAAAACAGCAUGUUUUCAAAACCCCUUAAGUGUUAGAUUUUUUUUUUUCAUGACUUUACUCACUAAAUGGAUUAGGGUUCCCAUGACCUCUACACAGGUACACCUGCAAGAACAAGGGAAGACUCAGGUAUUGCCACAAAUGCAGCUGACACUGACUUUGUAACGUCACAUUGUUGCUUGUGUAUACCCUGUGCCUAUAGCUCAAUGUAUAAGUUUUCACCAGAAAAAUACACAAAACAGAGUAACAAAAAUAUCAAGUCAUAGGGAAAGUCACUCAGAUAACUUGACUCUUCUGAGGCUUUCUAAGUAUUGAGUGGGAUCUUAUUUGGCUUGUUUUCUUGUUCUUUUAUUCAGCUUUAAAACCACAGUAUAAGACCCACAUUAAUAAAACAUGGCCCCAAUACCUACAGUGUCUCUGCUUUUCUAAGCUACUUGUAGGCAGCUUUGAGAGGUUGGUGCCCUUGUUAAGGCUAUUGGUUUUAGCUAUUGUCUUCAUCGUAUCACUUGCCCUACAUUUGCAGUUGGAGUAACAGUGAUGCAGGACAGAUGGAUUAACUUCUCCAACUAUCAAAUGACAGUAACAAAGACAUGAUAACUGAACAAUCUUUGGGAAAAUUAUAUUUUCGUAAAGUCCUUCAAUGCUUUUAAGCUUAAAUACCUGCUUUUCUGAAUGAUGGAAACUUUUCUAUCUAAAACUUUUGAAGUGGUUUAGAAAUAAGAAGGAAUAAAUGUACGUAAAUAUUAUUUCAGAUGUUAUUACAAAUGGAAGGACAGAGUCUGCCCUUUGGUGAGUUCAUAUCAUUUAAAGGAAGAACAUUCAAUUUGCCUUUCAUUGCCAGUAACAGACCUUUUUCUUUACUCCUUAAGGAAUUAAAAGCCUGAGGGUCAGAAGACUUGAGUUUAAGCCUCAAGAGGCUUUAAUCUCUGACAUAUAAUAGUCAUGUCACCUUAGGCAAGUCAUUUCACUUGUUUGGUCUGGGUUUUGUAAUCUGUAAAAUGGGAACACUAAAACUUGCUCUGCCUUAAGAGAUAAAUUAUACACAUUGAACAGGGAGUAAGUCUGGUAUUGUUGAAAGAAUCCUGGAUUUGGAAUCAGAAAGCCCUUGAUUCAAGUGCUAGUUCUGCCCCUUAUGAGCUAUGGGACUGAGUAGGUCACUCCUUUGAGCCUCAGUUAAUAUCACGUUGAGAAGAGUGGACUUCAGCUUGACUUCUGGCUCCAUCACCAACUGGGUGACUUGGGGCAAAUCACCUCAUUAUCUGUGUCUCUGUUUCUUCCUCUAUAAAAUGAGGGUUUGGGAAUUAAUUUAUCUGAAAUUCCUUCCAAAUCUAAAAUCCUUUGAUACUAUGGAUGAAUAUUUGCAUUGCCCACCUCACAAGCUACUGGUAACAAAAGCACUUUGUAAACUAUAGAGUGCUAUAGAAAAGUGAGCUACUAUCAUCAUCAUCAUUAUCAUCGUCAUCAUCAUCAUCAAUACAUGAUUAAGAUGUGAGAAAAAGAUGAGUAAGUAUGUAAAAUGCUUUGUAGAAUGUAAGGUCCUUGAUGGUAAGGACUGUGCUGCUUUUAUCUUUGUCUAGCACAGUAUCUUUUAGAAAGUGGAUGCUUUAUAAAUGUUUUUGUUUGUUUGUAAACCUUACAGUACGAUAUAGAUGUCAGCUGCUAUUGUUAUUAAUAAAUGUGAAAGCACUUUGGAAACCAUAAAAGCGCUUUACAAUAUAAAAUGGUUAAAAGUUUAAAACUUACCAAAGACUUUCAAAGAGUCCCCAUGUAUCCCAAUGAGUGUCUCUAUUUAAAUAAUCUUAUUUGUAAAGUCAUGUUACUUGGAAGAGACUGCCAAGAUGAGUUAUGUCCCAUACACUUAUAUAGAUGUGAAUCUCAGUAGCGUCAGAUCCCUGUCCUAUAACUCAGCACCACUUAGAUCACAUCCAGGCUAGCUGACCAAGGGUUAACCACCUGCAGAAAACAGUAAGCAAGAGCAAUGGGCCUGUGGAUUUUGAUUAGCCUACCACUUACAAAAAACUAAUUCUUCCUGAUUGAUGGACAAGUUAUUACAGAGUUAUUUGGAGUCUCAUCACUGGAAUGCCAACAAUUUGGAUGACUUCCCUCAACUGCUUCAAUUCUCCUUCACCUCCUAUCAGCAAAGAACAUGGUCCAACCAAGCAGUGGCCUGGAUUGAUGGAUUCAUUAUCAACAUUUUCCAGCUCCUUCUCCUGUGAUGGACAGGUUUCUUUGGCCUCUGAAGAGAUGUACUCCAGAAAGAGCAGAAUAGCCUUAAAAAAAAAAAAAUAGCAUGAUUGGGCAAAAACAACUCCAGAUUGCUAGUUAAGAGACUUGGUUUCUAGUCCCAGGUCUACCACUCAUUAUGUGACUGCAAAAGAGUCACUUUUCUUUUCUAGUCUUCAUAUUCUGCUUGGUAAGACAAGGAGAGUUAAGGGAUUAGACUCUCUUUUAAGGUCUUAGCCCCAGCAUUUUGUGAUUUUAAGUCCUUUUUUUCCUCUCUGUGCCUCACUUCAUUUAAAAUAAAUAUUAUUGACCUAGGUGCUUUUUAAAGGUCUGGUAAAUGUUGCUCUGCAGGCCUUCAUUCUGAUUGUUGGUUGUCAAAUCCUGGGUAUGAUAGUGUGAAUUUGGGAUUAGAAUUUAUUCCUAUUCUUUCUGUAGAAGUCAAAGCUCAGAGAAAAAAGGUGAUACCUAUAGUCAUUUAAGUAGGAAUGGAAUUUACACAAACUUCUGACUUCAGGUCUGGUUUUUAGAUCAAGAAUAAGUCCAUAGUCUGAAAAUUCAACAAACAUACAUUUAGUUUUUUCAGGGCCUUGGACUUUGACAAUGAGAACACAAGAAUGAAAAAUGGCAGUUUCCAUCCUCAGAGAGUUCAUAGGUAUGAUAAAUCCUAUAUUUAAAUCAAUAUCAAUUAAGUUAGAAUGUCAGACAAAGUAGAACUAAUAUGAUUUUAGGAAAAUUUGAGAAAGGAGAGCAGGAUUGCUUUUAAAAAAAAAAAAAUCAAUUUUGAGGAACAAAGGACAGCUUCAUGAAGGAAGUGGUAACCUGAGUAGGAUUUUGCAUCAAGAUGAUACUUUAAAGGGAUGGAAGGUUUGAACUUAAAGAUUUCUUCAGAUUCUUAGGAAUUGGGUCUCUUUUCAGACACUGAGUCUAUUACCUUGACAUGGGAACCCAUAAUGACUUUUCCUCUCCUCACAACUUAAAGUGCUUCUGGCUAUCUUUGGUAAGAGCUGAUUUCAGAAGGAAUGUAGACUGAAGUCCAAAGGUGUGGAUGUAGAAGAGGAAAGAAGAAUCUUGUCAGAAGAGAAAAAACAUGAUCUGUACUUGUAGGUGAAUUGUUACAUCUAUCUAUGAUAAAUGAUUCCCUAUUUAUUUAUAAUAAUAACAAUAGUAAUAAUUACAUAGUAAGGAUUACAGAUCUGAUCUUCAUAUAGGAUCCAAAAUGGGAACUGCUGACUUUUCCAUUUCAUAUUCUUCAUUUUAGAGGUGUUUUUUUUUUUUUUUUUCCCCAUAAAGUAGCCCAAAGGUAAUUUGAAUAACCCAAUUGCCCUGAAGGAAGAGAAAUCUGGGAAAGAGUGAUCAUAUUCUUUCAGGUGCUGAGGUAUAUUGAGGGGAAGUUAGUAUGAGUGAAAUAAAACUAUCUAUUAAUGAAUCAGGGAGAAACUGAUGAUUUAAUCUCCAUCGUCCCUAGAUUGAAGGGUAAACCAAACUUCACUUGAAUAGUUUAAAAGAGGGGAAAGUAAUAGACUUACAUAGCACCCUUGGAAUUCCUUGGAGUGUGAGAGCAGAAGAGGUAGCAAAUGUAUAGUGCAGGUGGAUAGCAGGAGUCAUAAGAAAUGGAAAAGAGACAAGAAACUCUGCCUCUGAAGGGCUUCUACAGACCUGAGCAGUGUAACCAAAGAUGCCUGGAUAGAGCUGCAGAGGAAAGAGUAACUUGGUCCAGAAAACUUUUAGAGCAAUGAAUCAACAGGAAGGUUCAAACCUUUUUCCCUUCUCCUUCUCUAGCACCACCCAAGAUGUUUUUAGCGAAAAGACAAAAGAGAAUAAAAAGUAGUCAAACUCAGUAACCCUGUGUUUGAUAAACUCAAGAAUAUAAAUCUCUUUAGGAAGAAUUCCUUGCUAAGAAAACAGAAAAGCAAGUUGAAAUUAAUUUUAGAUUUCUGCUACAUGGUGUAAGCUUAAAAUGGGUAUAAUCUUAAUAUGAAAGGUUAUUCCAUUAAAAGAAAAUCAGAUCAGAUUUCUAUUUUAUAAUGAUGGCUAGGGGAAAGAGUUCUUGACUACAAAAAAGGAAAAUGAUCAUAACAAAACUGAUAAUUUCAGUUAUGUAAAAUUUGAAAAACUCUUGAAAAAAUAUAGCUAGAAAAAGGGAAUAGAUUAAAAGUGGAUUAAAAUCUGCAUCAAACUUGUUUGAUUAAGCAAAACAAAAUUUGGUGCCUCAGUUUCCUCAUCUAUAAAAUGAGGGGGUUAGACUCAGUGUCCUCCAAAGGCUUUUGUAGCACUAAGUCUGAUAAUUGAAAAUUCAUACAAAUACAUGACUGAGUCAUUUCCAAGAAUGAAUAAGGAUAUGAAUAAACAAUGCUUAGAAUUGUAAACUUUCAAUAACAAAAUGAAAGAUUACUCUAUCAAUAACAGUAAGAGAAAUGCAAAUAAAAACAAUUGAGAUUUUCCCAACCCUAGUAGUUUGGCAAAAAUGACAAAAGAUGGUAAUAGAUAAUUUUGGAGGAGCUCUAGAAACACACCAUAACACUGUUGAUGGAGCUAUGAUUUUGAUCCAACCAUUCUGGAAAGCAAUUGGAAUCAUGUUUUUUAAAAAGUGAGGGGAGGGGAUAAAAUAUCCAUACCAUUUGAUCCAGGGAUCUUAACACAAGUAUUGAACUUUAUUAUCUUAGAGAGGCUAAAAUCAAAAAAGAAAGUGACAUUUACACCAGGAUAUUGUUAACAGCAUUUUUUGAGAUUGCAGAAAAUAGAAAAUUGUAGGUGCCCACUAGUUGAAUAAAUUGGUCCAAUAGUGUAAUGGAAUAUUACUCUGCUUUAAGAAAUGCUCAUAAAAAAUUCAUAGACUUAAUGCAGUCAAAGCUGGAAAGGGACUUUAGGCAUCAUUUAGACCUGCUCCUUCAUUUUGUAGAUGAGGAAUUGAAGCUAAGAGGAGUUAAGGGAUCUGCCCAGAGUCACACUACUGUAAUUGUCAAAGGAUUUGAACUGAGAUCUAAUUCCAAGCAUAGUACUCUCUUCUUUACUCUCUAUAUGGGAUGCAUUAAUGAACUACAGUAGAGUGAAGAAAGUAGAACCAAGUAAACUAUACACAAUGAUCACAACAAUGAAAAAAGAAGAAGAAAAAAUAGUGUGUUAUUAUGGCCAAGAAGAGUUUAGGAAAUAUACCUUUUUCCCAUCUUUCCAGAGGUGGGACAUUAUGGUGUUUAAUAUCAGACUUGGUGAUGUGCAGGUUUUCCUGAAGUGUUUAUCUUUUUUUCAUUAUUACAAGGGAUGACUUUCUUAUAGGUGAGAAAAGUAAAUUUGAAAAUAAAAGUAUUAUUUAAAAAAAAUAAAAGAAUAUUUUAAAAUAAAAGUAAAAGACUUCAUGAGGUGAGAAUAGCCUGCUUGAAGGGGUAAGUAUUUCAACCAAACAUGAGCUUGAAAGAAAAUUCUGUUUUUUAAUUUAUAAAUAAAUGUGUUCAAUAUUUUGAGUAUCUCAUAUAGCCAUCCUUGCUAACUAUCUUGUCAUUCUUCCUGCUUUUGUUUUCAUUCUUAUCACUUGCAACAGGACCUCUGCACUAGAUUGACAAAAAAAAAAAACAA